AUGGACGAAAUUCCCGCCGCCUCGAACGAAGAAAUCCUGUCGGCCAUCCACGUCUUACAGCGCCGGGUUGACACCUGCACAUCGACGGUUCAACAACCCAAACCCAUCCCAACAUUCAAGAGCGAAGGGAACAAACAACAGUUUGAACACUCUAAAAAGGUCGAAAGAUUGAUUGAGAGAGGCAUCGCCCUAAACGAGCAGGGGGAUUUUGACGGUUCCAUGACACAUCAUGUGUCGGGUUACCAUUUUGACACGACAGCGCUAACCCUGAAGGAAGCACUCCGAGAACUUAAUGACAGGCAAAAGCUGAUAAGAAUCGCUGACCGGUCGCCACUCGGAUGGUCAACUGUAAACGAAUAUGUCGCCGAUGAACUUGCCGACGACUCGGGCGAUGAGAAGCGUCUUCGAAAGGCGGAGAAAGCCGCUUCUGCAAAAAGAGCGGAAUCUUCGGCCAAAAGGUCGACCCGGGGAAGGCCCCGCCCAUAUCCUCGCCCUGCUCAACGCCCUGUUGGUUCUUUUCGCCGCUUCCCGGCCACCUUCACACCAAAUUUUCAGCGCCGCUACGAUAACCGUGUCUGCUUCCAGUGCGGCAUCGCCGGUCACGUCCGUACCAGUUGUCCAGCUAUCAGAGCCAGUCGGCAGCCAUUACGCCAGCAACCAGGGCCCCCAGGCGUCACCCAAGGAACCCUUUAGAGUGAAGCUACCACCAGGAGU